AUGCCUGCAGAGUCCCAGCUGGCUGGGGAACUCCUGCGGCAUCAUGAGGCCAAGCGUGACCGGCAGCAGGAAGUGAGGAUGAGGAGAAAGGAGGCCCAUCCCUUUCAGGUUAGAUCAGAGUUCCUGCCUCCAGUGGAGGAGUUCCAGUAUCCUGGGCCCCUGUCCCUCAGAGAGGUGGAGAUCUAUAGACGGAUCUUUGCUGCUGCUAUAAUCCAGACGCUGCUCCGCCUGCUGUGGAUCAGAGAGCUGAGAGAAAAGGACCCAGAGAACCAGAUCCUGGAUCCCAGCUUCCUCUGCAGGGAGGCUGGGCUCUCCCUCAGAGAGGGGGAGGAGCUGGGUCAUCAGGGGGAGGAUCAGGCAUCUUUAUCUAAUGGACGCCUCCCUCUGAGGAGAUCCUGGGAUGUCCCACCAGGAGGAGGACCAGGACCAUGGAGGGACUGUGUCUCUCUGCUGGACGGGGGGCCCUUCUGUGACCACAGGAACCUGGGGAAGAACGGCGUGUCCACCAGCAGCGUCCUCUUGGACAGGUGCCCCCCGCCCCGGCCGCCUGGCCCCCCCUCCCCCCCUCUGCCAAAGGACAAACUCAACCCCCCGACGCCCAGCAUCUAUCUUGAAAACAAGAGGGACGCUUUCUUCCCCCCCCUCCAUCAGUUCUGCACCAGCCCCGCCAACCCGGUGACGGUCAUCAGGGGGCUGGCUGGAGCCCUGAAGCUGGACCUGGGCCUGUUCUCCACCAAGACGCUGGUGGAGGCCAACCCGGAGCACCUGGUGGAGGUGCGCACCCAGCUGGCUCAGCCCACCGAUGAGAACUGGGACCCCAGCGGGACCCGGAAGCUGUGGCGCUGCGAGAGCAGCCGCUCCCAUACCACCAUCCUGAAGUACGCCCAGUACCAGGCCUCGUCCUUCCAGGAGUCCCUGAAGGAGGAGAAUGAGAAGAAGAAGGAGGUGGAAGCAGAGUCUGGUUCAUCCGACAGCGGCGUCCGGCGGAGGAAAGGUCCCUUCAAGCACAUCAAGUUCGGCACCAACAUCGACCUCUCUGAUGAGAAGAAGUGGAAACAGCAGCUGCAGGAGCUGACCAAGCUGCCGGCCUUCGCCAGGGUGGUGUCUGCUGGGAACCUGCUGAGCCACGUGGGCCACACCAUCCUGGGCAUGAACACCGUCCAGCUGUACAUGAAGGUCCCGGGGAGCCGCACGCCAGGACACCAGGAAAACAACAACUUCUGCUCGGUGAACAUCAACAUCGGCCCCGGGGACUGCGAGUGGUUCGCCGUGCCGGAGGCCUACUGGGGCGUCAUCAACCACUUCUGUGAAAAGAACAACAUCAACUUCCUGAUGGGCUCAUGGUGGCCCGACCUAGAGGACCUGUACCGCAGCAACAUCCCGGUUUACCGCUUCAUCCAGCGGCCCGGGGACCUGGUGUGGCUCAACACGGGGACCGUCCACUGGGUGCAGGCCGUCGGCUGGUGCAACAACAUCGCCUGGAACGUGGGACCCCUUACAGCCCAUCAGUACCGGCUGGCCGUGGAGCGCUACGAGUGGAAUAAGCUGCAGAGCAUCAAGUCCAUCGUCCCCAUGGUCCACCUCUCCUGGAACAUGGCCAGGAACAUCAAAGUGUCGGACCACAGGCUGUUUGAGAUGAUCAAGUACUGCCUGCUGCGGACCCUGAAGCAGGUCCAGAGUCAGAGGGAGAUGCUGCUGGCUGCGGGGAAGGAGCCGCUGUGGCACGGUCGCACCCAGAACGAGCCGGCCCAUUACUGCAGCGUCUGCGAGGUGGAGGUGUUUGACCUGCUGUUCGUGACCAGUGAGAGCAACAGCAGGAAGUCUUACGUGGUCCACUGUCAGGACUGCGCCAGGAGGGCCAGCGCCGACCUGCAGAACUUUGUGGUUCUGGAGCAGUACAGGAUGGAGGACCUGAUGCAGGUCUAUGACCAGUUCACCCUGGUCGGCGCGCUGCCUUCCUCCUGAUGGACCGACCUCCUGCAGACACGGUAGAACCACACUGGACCCCCCGGCGUCCUUCACUGUGUCCCGUAGCGAUCCCACAGGCAGCUGACUGAGCUAUGUUUCUAUGCAACCUGCCCUGAGCGCCGCCGCCCCCCGGUGGAGCGGCCGGGGAUGGCGGCUGCUCCUGCCAUGACCAGACUGUUCUGCUGCUCCACCAGAACCCCCACCAGAUGAAGCCCGCUGAAGGUUUUGUACGUAUGACGUUUGAACAGAGCGAGUCUCCUGCAGCGGUUCUGGUUCUGGGCGGACCCGGACUCGGGUCCCUCCAGGAACGAGUGCUUAGCAUGUCAGGAACGCACAGACACGUAAUAUGAAACCUGAGCGACGCGGUUCUUUCCUCACCGAGGAAACGGCAGGAAAAGGUCGACUGAAUCGUUUCUUUUGUAUUUGGAUGUAAAUUUACACUAUUUAUAAAUUCCUAUUUAUUGCUUGGAAAUAUUUGUGGAUGGAAUGCUGUAACUUUUCUCUAGACUUCCUGCCAUUCAAUCUGAGGGAGGCUGAUUUUUCCUUCCGGCUCCUUUAUGUUUUCUAUAGAAACUGCUGAGUCAGCGUUGUACAGAGACCUGGAACUGGUUUAUUGUUGGGAGGAUGGUUUUGGCGUCAAUAAACAACAAACAUCUUUA